AUGCUCCCAACUCCCUCAACCUCCCACGUCAACUACGAUCACAUUUACGAACCAUCCGAGGACUCCUAUCUCCUCUUGGACACUCUCUCUUCAGCGACUGAGACCAAUUUCCUCAAAUCUCGAUUCUCGCCAGAGUCCACCUGCCCACUAAUACUAGAAGUUGGAACCGGUUCUGGAGUGGUUCUGGCUUUCGCGGCAGCAAACGCACAGCAUAUCUUCGGCCGGAGAGACAUCGCUACUCUCGGGUCGGAUGUGAAUCUUUUCGCUUGCACAGCUACGAGUCAGACUGUCAAGCUCGCUAUAGCGGCAAACAAAGAUGUCUGCGGUUCAAUGCUGGACGUUAUCUCAGGAGAUCUCACCUCUCCCUUGCGACAGGCUCUGGUGGACAUGGUCAUCUUCAAUCCCCCCUACGUGCCCACUGAAUCUCUGCCAUCGACCGGAUGCCCAAUUUCCACUUCAGACUUUGAGCGCGACUCUCACCUUCUCUCCCUUUCCUAUGCGGGCGGCCAGGAUGGCAUGGAGACCACCAAUCGUCUGCUGGACCAAUUGGCUUCGAUUCUGAGCAGGAGAGGGGUGGCGUACAUUCUCCUAUGUGCGCAGAACAAACCGGAUGAGAUUGUUCGGCAGUGGCAGCAGACUGAAGGUUGGACAGCGGCCAGGGUUGGAGAGAGCGGGAAGAAAGCGGGAUGGGAGAAGCUGUGUAUCGUGAAGAUAUGGAGAGAAAGGUGA